CUGCUGCCACGCAGUUAGCCGCUAUGUGUGCGCCUUUGUUAUUUCGCCGACUGGAAACACAUCCAUUCUCUCUUGGUUUGACACGCCACUGGUAUCUUUGGUUUGAGCUUUGAUUGUAAAGUAAUUUAGCUGGUAAAAUGUCGGACGCUUUGGUGCAGUGGUGUGUGGACCAGUUACACCACAAGUUUGGGUUGGAGGCAUGUGAAGACAUCGUCCAAUACAUUCUAUCCAUCGAAAAAGCUGAAGAGAUUGAGGAGUAUGUGGGAGACCUACUGCAGGGCACAGAUGGGAGAAAAGGGCAGUUUAUAGAUGACCUCCUCAGCAGAUGGAAGAAGACUCAAAGACAGGCCGCAGAUAACAGUCUCUUCCUUUGCAAAGAAUCCGUUUCAUCAGCAGAUUCACAAGACAUGAGCAAAGAUACCCAGAAGAAGUCAAAGCGUAAGGGCCGUAACAAACAGGAAGUGAUGACUGUGAGCCAAACAGAACCUGAGCCAGAGGCAGUCAAAACCCCCAUUGAUUUGAGGAGGGCCCAGGAAAACAGUAGUACUCCUUCAACAAAGAAGAAAAGUAAGUUUGUCAGUCUGUAUAAUAAAGAGGGACAGGACAAGCUGGCUGUCUUACUCCCAGGUCGACAUGCCUGUGAGUGCCUUGCCCAAAAGCACAAACUCAUCAACAACUGCAUCAGCUGUGGUCGCAUUGUGUGUGAGCAAGAGGGCUCGGGACCCUGCCUCUUCUGUGGAAGCCUGGUCUGCACGAAAGAGGAGCUGGAGAUCCUGCAACGAGAUUCCAACAAAAGCCAGAAACUAAGAAAGAAGCUUAUGGGAGACUUUGGAGAAAGAGAUUAUCUCCCACACCAAGAGGCCAUAAUGAAGGCUGGCUUGGAGAAGGCUGUCCAGCAUAAAGAGAAACUGCUGGAAUAUGAUAGGAAUAGUGUCAGGAGAACGCAGGUUCUGGAUGAUGAGUCGGAUUACUUUGCCACUGAGUCUAAUCAGUGGUUGUCACCUGGUGAGCGAGAAAAGCUGAGGAAAAAAGACGAGGAGCUUAGAGAACUUCGCCAUGCCUCUCGCAAGGACAGGAAGAUCACAUUGGACUUUGCUGGUAGACAAGUGAUCGAUGAGGGAAAUAACCUUAACGAGUACUACAACAAGUUGGAUGAGACCCUCGAAGCUAUGAGCAAUGACUCAAUGUCAAAAUCACCAAUGUAUUCUAAAAGACAAGGUGGAAAGCAGAGCCUCAGAGAGCUGGUCAACCCAAACAUAAUGCAGUCUGCACCAGAGUGGGUGGAUGUUGGAGGCCGUGUAAACUACAAUAAAAACAUGGGACAGGGAAAGAGUUCGGAGGAGGACAAAGGAGGAGAAGAACGUUACAGGUUGCGGCUCCAAGACAAAGACCUGCAGGAGAUGUCUGACGGGGGCUGGUGCCUCAGCAUGCAUCAGCCAUGGGCCUCACUACUGGUCAAAGGCAUCAAGAGGGUAGAGGGGAGAACUUGGUACACAUCCCACCGGGGUCGUCUUUGGAUUGCUGCUGCAGCCAAGACGCCCACCCCUCAAGAGAUUGCUGAGGUUGAAGCUAUGUACCGCCGCAUCUACAAGAAAGAGCCCAGGUUUCCUAAAGACUACCCCACUGGCUGCCUGUUGGGCUGCGUCAAUGUGACUGACUGCCUGUCUCAGGAGCAGUUUAGUCAACAGUUGCCUGAUACCUGUGAGGAGUCCGCUUCUCCAUUCGUCUUCAUCUGCACCAACCCCCAGGAGCUGCUGGUGAAAUUCCCCAUGAAAGGGAAGCACAAGAUCUGGAAGCUGGAGAGUCACUACCACCAGGGCGCCAAGAAGGGGCUGGUCCCAUCAGCUGCAGAGUGACGUCAAGAGGAGAAGCUGAAGAGGAAAAAGUCUGAUCUCACGGGAACAUGGCAAACAUGUUCUCCACUGGGUUGUCCCAAAGAUUUAUCAGGAGUUGUUAAUGCUGACGUAUUAUAAGUUUCAGCUCUAUCUGUGUUUUUUAAUCACUGGCAUUUGCAUUUUACAUACGCACAUACAUUGCAUAAAAGAAUGCAGUACAUAGACGUAUAAUCAUUUUGACAAAUUUUUACAUUCUGCUUUGUCUCUAUUUGAUUGUUUGCAGAAAUAAAAAGAUUAGGUUUCAA